GAAUUCCUAGAUUCUAAUUUCCUUUUCAUCAUACAGAUCACAGUCAAAUGAUGACGCAAUCCGUACAAUCCACAAAACAUACAAUUGCGCUUCCGCUUCCGCUUCCAACAACAAUAUGAAGCCACCAAAGAAUUACCUUCUCGUUCUGGCCGCCUUUUUCGGCCUAGCUACAGCAAUGGUGAUCCCAGCGAAUUCCAAUGACGUUCCUCGGGUCUCCGCCACAACCACAACCAAGGAGGAACAUUCGGUCCCCUUCAAUAUCACCAAGUUCAGAAUCAACCCACCAUUUGUCGUCCUCCACUCUUCCCCUCCCUCCCCAGCCCCGUCCCGCUCGAACGCUAAACGCACAUUCGGCAAGCCAUGGAAGGCGAGGCAGAAGGCCACACCACGGCCUUGUCCCUACCCGAAGACCCGCCCAUGCAUCACCCAGAAAGAGAUCGACCAAGGAUGGCAUGAUGUAAACGGGUGUUUUAACGAAACCUAUUUUUUUGUAAUGGGCCAUACAUAUUGCUGGGAAGCGGGGGAUGAUUGUGUAAAGGCGGAUUGUAGAUAUUGAGUACAUAUGGGCGUAUGUCCUUUGCUUGGUUGGCGUCCUCUCGUACGCAAGGCAGCGUUGGACACCGGGGUAUUCAGUAGCUCGGACUGAAGUCCAGCAAUGAUGAG